AUGGCGCAAAGGUACGAUGAGCUGCCCCACUACGGCGGGAUGGACGGAGUAGGGGUGCCGGCGUCCAUGUACGGGGACCCCCACGCCCCCCGGCCGAUCCCCCCGGUGCACCACCUCAACCAUGGGCCGCCGCUCCACGCCGGGCAGCACUACGGCGCCCACGCCCCGCACCCCAAUGUCAUGCCGGCCACCAUGGGCUCUGCUGUCAACGACGCCCUGAAGCGGGACAAGGAUGCGAUCUACGGGCACCCGUUGUUCCCCCUCUUAGCUCUGGUCUUUGAGAAGUGCGAGCUGGCGACCUGCACGCCCCGGGAGCCCGGCGUGGCCGGCGGGGACGUCUGCUCCUCCGACUCCUUCAACGAGGACAUCGCCGUCUUCGCCAAACAGGUCCGUGCUGAAAAACCACUUUUUUCUUCAAAUCCAGAGUUGGACAAUUUGAUGAUCCAAGCAAUACAAGUACUAAGGUUUCACCUUUUGGAAUUAGAGAAGGUUCAUGAAUUGUGUGAUAACUUCUGCCAUCGGUACAUUAGUUGUUUGAAAGGAAAAAUGCCAAUAGACCUCGUUAUUGAUGAAAGGGAUGGCAGCUCCAAAUCAGACCAUGAAGAACUCUCAGGAUCUUCCACAAACUUAGCUGAUCAUAAUCCUUCGUCUUGGAGAGACCACGAUGAUGCAACUUCAACGCACUCGGCAGGCACACCGGGGCCCUCCAGUGGGGGCCACGCUUCCCAGAGCGGAGACAACAGCAGCGAGCAAGGAGAUGGUUUAGACAACAGCGUAGCCUCACCUGGUACAGGGGAUGACGACGACCCAGACAAGGACAAAAAGCGUCAGAAGAAAAGAGGCAUUUUCCCCAAAGUAGCAACAAAUAUCAUGAGAGCGUGGCUUUUCCAGCAUCUCACACAUCCGUACCCUUCAGAGGAGCAGAAGAAACAGUUAGCCCAAGACACAGGACUUACAAUUCUACAAGUAAACAACUGGUUUAUUAAUGCCAGAAGAAGAAUAGUACAGCCUAUGAUUGACCAGUCAAAUCGAGCAGGUUUUCUUCUUGAUCCUUCAGUGAGCCAAGGAGCAGCAUAUAGUCCAGAGGGUCAGCCGAUGGGAAGCUUUGUAUUGGAUGGUCAGCAGCACAUGGGAAUCCGGCCUGCAGGUUUGCAAGGCAUGCCAGGGGACUACGUAUCUCAGGGUGGUCCUAUGGGUAUGAGUAUGGCACAGUCAAGUUACACUCCUCCCCAGAUGACCCCACACCCUACUCAAUUAAGACAUGGACCCCCAAUCCAUUCAUAUUUGCCAAGUCACCCCCAUCACCCAGCCAUGAUGAUGCACGGAGGACCCCCUAUCCACCCUGGAAUGACCAUGUCAGCACAGAACCCCACAAUGUUAAAUUCUGUAGACCCCAGUGUUGAUGGACAGGUUAUGGACAUUCAUGCCCAAUAG